AUGGCGGAUCAAGAAGCUCCUGGUUGGCGGGAAAAGGCAGGGGCUUUCAUCUCCUCUUCCUCUUUCAAGCUGAAAGCAGCGGGAUCAGCCGUCGCAGGCGCUGCCGGCGAAGCAGGAUCCAAGGUGAAGACCUCAUGGCAGCAGAACGUGCAGCCGAAAGUCGCAGAGGCGGCGACUCGCGCAGCCGUCGCAGCGGAAGGAGCGAAAUCGCGAAUGCACACCACGUGGGAGUCGACCAAGGAGAGCUGGAACACGAAAGUGCUUCCGAGAAUGGAGGCCGGGCUGGAAACGACGGCUCGCGUAGCGGCUGACACGGGGUCGAUGCUGAAGCAGGGGCUGAUGGAGACGACGGAGAAAGUCAAGGCCAGUCGCGUGGGUCAACAGCUCACUGAGCUGACGGCGAAUGGCAUGGAGAGAAGCAAGGGGCUUCUCCAGAAGGUGGACUGGCGGAGGGGCCGCCCCGGAGCUCCAGGUGACGCCACACUAGUGUUUGGUACACCCUUAGAUGCAUUCGCGAGCAGGCAGAGGGGCACAGCCGUGCCCUUCGUGGUCAUCCAGUGCUGCAACUUCAUCCUGCAAAACGGCUUGGUUACGGAGUACUUGUUCGAGUCGGAGAACGAUUCACGAGUGGUCAAAGGACUCAUGCACAUGUUCGAUACUGACCCCAACGCGGACAUCCCUUCGGAUACCAGCCCACUAGACGUGGGGCAGCUGCUGCUUGUCUAUCUCAAGUGCCUCCCCGAGCCUCUCAUGACCUUCUCCCUCUUCUCCGGGGUCGCCACUGUUGGCAGCAGCGAUGUCACGCAGCUCAGGCGCCUGCUGCAUACGCUACCUGCUGUGAAUCUUGAGACGCUGCAUGCUGUGCUGUGCUUGCUGUACCGAGUUAGCUUGCACGCUGAUGUGAACAAGAUGGACGCUCAAAGCCUAGCAGCCGAAUUCGCCCCUGUCCUGCUCUGGCCGCGACCAGAAGUCCCCCCGUCCCCCUCCCCGUCCCCCUCCCCCUCCCCCCACGCCUCCUCCGCCUCUGGCCCCUUCGACUCCUCGCCUUCCUCCAAGCCCCCUUCCUCAACUGCCCGCUCCCCCUCCCUCUCCUCCUUAAGUCUAGACGAAACCAGGGAAGGCGCAGGAGCAGGUGCAGCAGCAGCAGCAGGGGAUGGGGGGGACGGCAGCAGAGGGAUGGAUAGCAGCAGCAUUAGCAAGAGCACGGGAGGUGUUGGUGGUGGUGGUGGUAGUGCGAGAGUGAGUGACGAUGUGCCUAGUCUGAUGGCCCCCUCCUCUCCUCCUGCAUUGACUCCCAAGGGCAGUGCUGCCUCUGCCUCUGUUGGUGGUGGUGCUGCUGCUGGUGGUGAUGGUGUGGGUGGUGCGGAUGGUAUGGCUAGUCCUGCGAUGAGGAGGGCUCAGAGUGAGAAGGGAAUGAGGUUGGGGGAUGGAGUGAGUGCUGCUACCGCUGCUGCUGAUGGGCCAGCAGUCGUGAAGGCAAAUGGAGAAUCGUCUGUUCCUGAGAUCCCUUUGGAAGAGGAGCCAACACAAGCACAAACAGCAAUAGUGGAAGCAAUCAUGGUGCUUAUAGAUAGCCAUGAAUCCAUCUUCUCGCAUAAUCCCGGUGGCCCUAUUCUCCUUCCCGUCCCGUCGUAA